AUGUCAGCUUUAAUUAUCUGCUUCUUCGCUCUCUUCGCAACAGUUACUGCACAAACAUGUAGCAACACUGGAAUUGGACCUUGUAGCGCUACCAACACUUGCCAAACCGGAUACACCUGCACUACCUCAUCAACCAUUUGUUGUUUAAAUGCUAAUGUUAUAGCCGCUACUACCACCUGUGUAGACAAGACCAAUCCCUCCACAGGAGUUUCGGACUGUACCAGACUUUCAUACUUAUGUAACAACGCAACUUAUUACACUUUGAUGACACAACAAUGCCCAAGAACUUGUGGAAGAUGCAGUGUGACCACUGUCACCACCACUGCCACAACUUGUGUUGACAAGACCAAUCCCUCCACAGGAGUUUCGGACUGUACCAGACUUGCGUACUUGUGUAAUAACAGCUCUUACUACACGUUGAUGACUCAACAAUGUCCCAGAACAUGCGGAAGAUGCUAG